UUCUUUUGUUAUUAUAACUCACGUGGAAAAAAAAAAUAAAAAAAAAAUAAUAAAAAUGACGAUUAUCAAAUAUCUGUUCAUAACUCUGACACUUCUUGUCAUGAACGCGUAUCUCCUGGUCGAUAAGGAUGUUUGUGCCAACGACAAUAUUUGUCUUCAUCGAUCGCUUCAGCAGGACAUUGAGUCACUUUUAUUCGCGAAAACGGAAAAUAUAAGUCUUAAGCAAAUUGGCAUGCUAGAAAGCAUCAUUGAAGAUGGCGAAGGACGAAGUAUUGCCAAUAACACGGUGAAAUAUGAAAUUAAGCAAGUUGUGAAUGGUAGUGAGCAUGAUGAGCAACGUGAUAGUAAAAUAAUAGUAGAAGAUCGAGAUAAUAAGAAAAAUAAUAAUGCUAAUGAUUAUAAUGUUAAUGAAGAAGAUGUCAUAAAAGUAUUGAGUGCACGUAUGUUGCAAGUGUCACACCCGUUUAUGGCAUCAAAGGCAAAAACUGCGUCUAAUUUGUGUAAAAUCCACACUCGCAAAUUCCUCACGUACCUGGAGAAAAUGGAGCUGUGGGCACUUAAAAUGCACGACUCCUCAGCAAAAAUCUCCGCUGGCAUCUUGAAUGGCAAUAUCAAUCAAUUUGGCGAUUUUGACGAAUGUUUGAGUGUUGAAGAGCCUGAUGGGCAGUUUCAAGGUCAAUAUUGCUUGGUUUACUUGCAGCCAGAUGUGAAACAUCCAUCUCCCAAGUUGUCGACAAUUAAUAAACUCGCGCAAUCCUACGGCGUAUUUAAAAGUGAAUUCGAUGAUCCUGGCCAUCGUGUUCCGCGCUUCUCGACCAUCAAUUGGGGCGUUUGUGUGCCCUCGACGUGCACUCAUCACGAAGUCGAAGAUUCGAUGAAGAUUUACAUGCGGAAUUUUACGGCAAAUACCGGAAUCGAGUUCAAAAUUCGUGUCGAACAGGAAAUGUGUCAGGUGAAGCAACCACAAUGGCACGAAAAUCUAGACAAUGGAACGAAAGUUGCUUGUGGGUUCUUCCUGUUUAUCGGUCUUUUUGCCGUUUUUGCUUCACUUUAUGAACACAUGACGUCUGCCGAGCAUCCGAACGAAUGGAUAACGGCCUUUUCGUUGAUAAAAAACACGAAAAAUCUGCUGAGUUUCAAGCGGGAACCGAACGAUAUUGCUUGUGUGCAUGGAAUUCGAGCUUUUAAUGCGUACCUUUUGAUAAUUUCGCACAAAUCGAUGGCGUUGCUCUUCAAUCCGUACUCGAAUCGGACUGCGAUGGCGGAAAUUAUAGGACAACCGUGGACCGUAAUUGCUAGAGCAGCGUCACUUUACACAGAUCCGUUUAUUAUGAUGAGUGGACUGUUGACGACUUAUUCGCUCGUUGGAAGGCUGCAAAGGGGACAGAAGAUAAAAUUUGCUCAGGAGUAUAUUGGGAGAUUUUUGAGAAUUGCGCCGCCUUUGGGAGCGUUAAUUUUGUUCUGUACGUACGUUUUGCCGUUGAUGGGAUCGGGACCGCAGUGGAAUUUGGUGAUAACGCAUCAUUCGGGCAUUUGUAAAAUGUAUUGGUGGCGAAAUUUGAUGUUUAUUCAUAAUUAUUUUGGAUUUGAAAAUAUGUGCCUUACCCACACCCAUCACAUCGGCAUCGACACGCAACUCUUCAUGACAGCACCAAUUUUCGCCGUUCUCCUGUGGAAAUGGCCCAAAAAAUCUCUUUGGCUUCUCGUUGGUAUCGCAAGCAUCUCAACGGCAGCCCGUUAUUACGUGACAUUCACGAAAAACCUCUCGAAUUACGUCUUUUUCGGCACCAGUAUCCGCCAACUCUUCGACACGGCGGACUUUAUGUACAUAAUUCCGGCACACCGACUCACGGUUUACAUCAUCGGCGUGUUGCUGGGAUACUUUAUGCGCAUUUACAAGGAUCUUAAAUUGACUCCGGCUCAAUUGCGACUCGGCUGGUGGACGAGUACGGCUUUGAUGCUUGCCUCUUUUGUGGGUCCCGCACCAAUGGGAUCCCUUAAUUAUCAGUACAGUCCAACGCAUGCCGCGAUUUAUGCUGCCUGGUCGCCCAUUGGAUGGUGCGCCUUUUUUGCGUGGAUCAUUUUCACGUCGCACUUAGGAUAUAAUGAUAAUAUCGUUACAAAAUUCUUUUCAUGGAAAGGAUUUCUAGUCACAACACGAAUUUCUUAUGCUGUGUAUCUCACACAAUUUCCCAUUUUCUUCUAUAAUGUGGGGAACACGAGGACGGCAGAGCACUACGAAUUUCUCAGAAUGACGAUCAAUUGGAAUGAAUAUUUUUUCAUCAUUUUGACUUCGUACCUUCUCACAGUGCUUUUUGAGUCACCUUUUAGCAACCUGAAAAAGUUGAUUUUCCGUACAAAAAGAAUAAACAACAAGGUGAUACUGACAGAAAAUAACAAUUCAUCAUCGCCAGACUCGAGUAUAGCGACGAUAACGAACGAAGAAAAUAUUAAGAAGACUUGUUAG